GGGGGUGGGGGGGUACAAGUGGGAAGCCUGCUGCUCGGCUGCCAGGGAUCUCUGCCUCCCCCACCUGCACGAGGCUGGGCCUGAGGAACCAGUGCUCAGCAUCCCACCCCCUGGUGCUUGGACUUGGUUUUCCCCGCAAGUCCCCGCGCUGACAUUUAGGCGGGGGGUCAGGAGGCCUGGCUCGCUUCCAGAGCGCGCUGGGGCGAGGGCAUCGGGCUCUGACGACGGGGUCCCAGGGGUCCGCCCGCCUCCUAGACGCGUUUCUAGGCCCUGGGAAGUCUGCCUGCCCGGAGGCGCGGAGCUGGGGAGGCCAGAUCCGGGGGCGGGCGGCAAGAAGUCCUCAGGCUAAGAAAUGGCAUUUCAAAAGGCAGUGAAAGGAACUAUUCUUGUUGGAGGAGGUGCUCUUGCAACUGUUUUAGGACUUUCUCAGUUUGCUCAUUACAGAAGGAAGCAAGUGAAUUUGGCCUAUGUUGAAGCAGCAGACUUCAUUUCAGAACCUGUUAACAGGGAGCCUCCUUCCAGAGAAGCUCAGCUACUGACUUUGCAAAACACGUCUGAAUUUGAUCUUGUUAUUGGAGGAGGAGCAACAGGAAGUGGCUGUGCGCUAGAUGCUGUUACUAGAGGACUAAAAACAGCCCUUGUAGAAAGAGAUGAUUUCUCAUCAGGGACCAGCAGCAGAAGCACUAAAUUGAUCCAUGGUGGUGUGAGAUAUCUUCAGAAGGCCAUCAUGAAGUUGGAUAUUGAGCAGUAUAGGAUGGUAAAAGAAGCCCUUCAUGAGCGUGCCAACCUACUAGAAAUUGCUCCUCAUUUGUCAGCUCCGUUGCCUAUAAUGCUUCCAGUCUAUAAGUGGUGGCAGUUACCCUACUACUGGGUCGGAAUUAAAUUAUAUGAUCUGGUCGCGGGAAGUAAUUGCCUGAAAAGCAGCUAUGUCCUUAGCAAAUCAAGAGCCCUUGAACAUUUCCCAAUGCUUCAGAAGGACAAACUGGUGGGAGCAAUUGUCUACUAUGAUGGACAACACAACGAUGCACGGAUGAACCUUGCCAUUGCUCUGACUGCUGCCAGGUAUGGGGCUGCCACAGCAAAUUACAUGGAGGUAGUGAGCUUACUCAAGAAGACAGACCCCCAGACAGGGAAAGUGUGCGUGAGUGGUGCACGGUGCAAGGAUGUCCUCACAGGGAAGGAAUUUGAUGUGAGAGCCAAAUGUGUCAUCAAUGCUACGGGACCUUUCACUGACUCUGUGCGCAAAAUGGAUGAUAAAGAUGCUGCAGCUAUCUGCCAGCCAAGUGCUGGUGUCCAUAUUGUGAUGCCUGGGUAUUACAGCCCAGAGAGUAUGGGACUUCUUGAUCCAGCAACCAGUGAUGGGCGAGUUAUUUUCUUCUUACCCUGGCAAAAGAUGACAAUUGCUGGCACUACUGAUACCCCAACUGAUAUUACACACCAUCCUAUUCCUUCAGAAGAAGAUAUCAACUUCAUUUUGAAUGAAGUGCGUAACUACCUGAGUUGUGAUGUUGAAGUGAGAAGAGGGGAUGUCCUGGCAGCAUGGAGUGGUAUCCGACCCCUUGUUACAGAUCCCAAGUCUGCAGAUACUCAGUCUAUCUCCCGAAAUCAUGUUGUCGAUAUCAGUGAGAGUGGCCUUAUUACUAUAGCAGGUGGAAAGUGGACAACCUAUCGCUCAAUGGCAGAAGAUACCAUAAAUGCUGCUAUCAAAACUCACAAUUUGAAAGCAGGACCAAAUAGAACAGUUGGACUUUUCCUUCAAGGGGGUAAAGAUUGGAGUCCCACACUCUAUAUUAGGCUUGUCCAGGAUUAUGGACUUGAAAGUGAGGUGGCACAGCAUCUUGCUGCCACGUAUGGGGAUAAGGCUUUUGAGGUGGCCAAAAUGGCAAGUGUGACUGGCAAAAGGUGGCCUAUUGUUGGAGUGCGUCUUGUGUCAGAAUUUCCAUAUAUUGAAGCAGAGAUAAAAUAUGGGAUUAAGGAGUACGCCUGCACCGCAGUGGAUAUGAUUUCACGUCGCACUCGCCUGGCUUUUCUAAACGUCCAGGCUGCAGAGGAAGCCCUGCCCAGGAUUGUUGAACUGAUGGGCAGAGAACUGAAUUGGGAUGAUUCUAAGAAACAGGAACAACUUGAAACAGCCAGGAAGUUUCUAUAUUAUGAAAUGGGCUAUAAAUCUCGAUCAGAACAGUUAACAGAUCGCUCUGAAAUUAGCCUACUGCCUUCAGACAUUGACAGGUAUAAGAAGAGAUUUCAUAAGUUUGAUGCAGACCAAAAAGGCUUUAUUACCAUUGUUGAUGUUCAGCGUGUAUUAGAGAGUAUCUGUGUCCAAAUGGAUGAAAAUACACUACACGAAAUUCUGAAUGAAGUAGAUUUGAACAAAAAUGGACAGGUUGAACUCAAUGAAUUUUUGCAGCUGAUGAGUGCUAUUCAGAAAGGAAGGGUGUCUGGAAGCCGACUUGCCAUACUAAUGAAAACUGCAGAAGAGAACCUUGACAGAAGAGUCCCAAUUCCAGUGGAUCGUAGUUGUGGAGGAUUGUGAGUCUGAGCAGUAAAUCCACAGCCAACAAACAUAAGAACAACAAAUCACCACAUAACAACCAGAGAUGACUUAAAUCACUGUAAAAUAGUGAAUGUUGAUAGCUGCCUUUUUAACACUGGAAAACAUUCCAAAACUUUAGGAUGUUAGUACAUUUGCCAAAUUUAUUUACCGAUACUUUGUUUGCAUUUGCCAUUCAAUCUAGCUUCUCAAAAGUGUAUGUUCUCAUUUUCAGUGCACAUUAGUUUUAUAUCCAUUUGUAAACUGACUUGACAUGCUCCCUCUUUGUUUAUUCGUUUAUUCUAAAUCAGUUCUCAAGGCAGAAUAUUUUGACAAAAAAUUGAAAAAGGAAGCUGGGGACAUUUUGUGACAUAGACAAAAUUCUGAAAACUAAGCUUAUUGAUAGCAUAUGUUGUUAAAAAGAGUGAUCUGUUGAAAUGAUAGUAUUUUUGGAGAUUUCUCAGCCUCCAAACUCCAGCAUGUUUACCUUCUUCAUGCAAACAGUAUCAUUCAAUUUUAAAAGUAGAGCAUGGCUAGCAAACUGGAGAGGGAAGAAAAAGUUUAGAUCUGGUUACAGGAGCAAGUCUCAAAGAGAAACUCUGAAAGCUUCCAGAAUCACAGGUAUAAGAUAAGGAUAGCAUUGACAUUUGCUGGAAGUUACAGUGAUAGUUUCAUCUCAGCAGUUCAUUUUUUUCCUCAGUCACUGUUAGUUUUCUUUGACUAUUAUAGUUGCCAGAAAGAUCCUUGCUUUUCUUACUUUAAAACCAGCAUUUAAGUGACAAGUUGGAAGUAUGGGAUAAGGCCAAAUUUCUCCAGUCUUCUCAGUAUUAGUGCAUUCAAGGGUUAAAAACAUGUGUUUAUAUAUCCACAUAUGAUAACACAAGUUUCAAUUUCCAAACCCGAAAUUUUGGAGCAUGUGGUAUUGUCAAGCCUGGCCUUUCAUUUUUUAGGCUAUUUGCAACCAAGAUAGAAUAAACUUUAGCGAACUUUAAUUAUAGUUAUGUACAAAAUAAGGCACAACACUUAAGUAUCCAAGGUUAUUGCGCACCUUUCCCCUUCUUUACUCAAUGGAAAUAUUCUCAGUCAACCAAAAAUUAAACAAUACGCAUACACAUCCCAAAAGCAAAAAUCAGCGUGCAUUGAAUUUAACUAGCAAAGCAUUGUAAAAGUUAAAAAGCCAGCUUGAGAUGUUUUUUGCUAUAUUUUGGAAGCAUUUUAACUAGUCAUCUGAAUAUUUAUUAAUUGUACUUCCUCCUACGAAGUUAACUAUUUUUUUUUCUUAAGAUCACGUUCAGUAUGUAAUAGGAGGGCAUGUAACACUUUAUUUCAUGGCAGGCUUUCAUUGCACAGACUUGAAGUCUUAGUUUUUAAACUGGUACAUGAAAUUCUUUUGUGCUGUUAUUUCUUUUUAUUUCAGCAUGAUAAAGUAUCUUUAUGCCCUAUUCAAGUGGGCUAUGAGCCUGUAUGUCACAGUAUGAACACUGGAGGUUCAUUCACCCAAGCCCCCACAUACCUAUGGAAAAAAAAAAAAACCAGAAGCUGCAGGGAAAGGCAACAUCUUAACUCACUUUGUUUUUAAAUGAUGUUUUAGACACUUACCACUUCCUAAAGGAAAACUUGCAACAGAGCAAAUGAUGCUCCUAGGUAUCACUGUGAACUUUUUUCUUUCAGUGUGUGAAUUUUUACAUUGACUUUUUUGUUUUAAUAAGUGAAAGCUUGUAGCUUUGCAAUUUAGUGUUUUUCUAUCAAAACAAUAAAUUUCAUUGCUUAGGACUCAGUGACACUUCAUAGGUAGAAGAAUUGUCCUUUAAAGCAUCUCAGACAAUAUGACACAAUAUUGUACAUCUGUGCUCUCUCUCUCUUUUUCUCUCUUUCUAGUUAGAUCAAGAUAAUGAUGACUUGUAUCCUCCCUGAUUCCGUUACAGUAGGGACCGGGCUUAGACCGUGGCUGGCUGAGCAGAUUUGUGUUUGUAAAACAGGCCUUGUUUGUGCACGCUUUGCUAUGAGUGAAAUUCCUUUAAGGACAAAGGAAAGCGCUUUUGCUUAAAAUCUGCUAAAUUCUAAAACAUACACUCCUUCAACAAUCCCAGAGACUUGUUGGGAAAUGAACUGGUUUCAAGCUGCUACUGUGAAUAAAGCACCCCAGCUUUUUUUUUUUUUU